AUGGCGAGACCCAACAUGAUCAAGGCCACCAAAAAGGCCAUCAAAGGCAGCCCGCGGGGGGUCUUUAACUGGCAGCAUCGCGUCCCUUGUCAUCGUGCCAUCUUCCGCAAGCGUUUCGGCAUAGACAAGCAGUCCGAGGCCGAGUACGCCAACACAAAAGGCUGGAUCGUCGCCAUCGCCACCGCCGGCGCCGUGUUCGGCUGUCUGGCGUGCGUGUGGCUCACCCAGCGCUUUGGCCGCACGCGCACCUUUCAAUUCUUUACCCUCGUUUACAUCGCCGGCGUCCUCGGGCAGGCCUUUAGCAAUGGCAACCUGGCCGCUCUGUAUGCCACGCGUGUCAUCUCUGGUAUUGGCAUCGGCGCGACCACUGUCCUCCCGUCCGUCUACAUCACCGAGAUCGCGCCCCAGUCGGUCCGCGGGCUGCUGACGCUCCAGUACACGUGCUGCCAGCAGCUGGGCGUCGUCUUUGGCUUCUUCUUCAACUACGGCAUCACGCGCUACCACGCGGGCGCCGACGUGCAGUGGAUGCUCCCGACGGCGCUUCAGGCGGUCCCCGCCAUCAUCUGGGGCGUCGGCACGCUCUUCACGCCCGAGACGCCGCGAUUCCUGCUCAUGCAGGGCAAGCGGUCCGAGGCCCUGGCCACGCUGUACCGGUUCCGCGGCCUGCCCGAGGACCACGAGUUCGCGCGGGCCGAGUUCGGCGGCAUGGAGGCGCAGCUCAACCACGAGAUCGAGGUGGUGGCCGGCGCGGGCACGUGGGACCUGGUGCGCGAGACCUUUACCGACAGGCCCAACCGCCGGCGUUUUAUCCUCAUGUUCGCCUGCCACGUCCUCGGCCAGUGGUCGGGCGCCAACGCCAUCACGCAGUACAGCCCCACCAUCUUCGGCUACCUGGGCAUCCAGGGCACCGAGUCGCGCUUCCUGGCCACGGGCAUGUACGCGGUGCUCAAGUUCGUCACGGUCCUGCUCUUCUCCGUCUUCGUCAUCGAUUUUAUCGGGCGCCGCCGCUCGCUCAUGACGGGCAUCGCGCUGCAGAUCGUCACGCUCGCCUACGUGGGCGCGUACCUGGGCGCCACCAACGGCCGCACCGUGGCGCAGAUCGAGGCGGACCCCCAGGCCGUGGCGGCCAGCCGCGGCGCCAUCGCGGCCAUCUACCUGCACGCCGUGGCGUGGUCCAUCGGCUGGUUCUCGAUCCCGUACCUCGUGUCGGCCGAGGUGUUCCCGCUCCGGAUCCGGUCCAUCAACAUGUCGGUGCUCAUGGCGGUGCAUUGGGCCAUGUACUUUGGCUGCAGCCGCGCCAUGCCGUCGCUCCUGGCCGCCACGGACCGCUGGGGCGCCUUCGUCUUCUUCCUCUGCAUCUGCUCCGUCUCGCUCGUCCACGUCUACCUGGCCCUGCCCGAGACCUCGGGCCGCUCGCUCGAGAGCAUGGACAAGCUCUUCGACGUGCCCUGGUACCGCGUCCACAAGAUGGCCUACCCGACCGCCGACGACCUCAAGCCCGCCGUCCGCGAGAUCCUCGUGUCCGACGACGAGUCGCCCAAGGGGCGGGACGAGGAGGGCUCGAGGAAGCACGUAGAGAACAAGCGCGCGUGA